CCCGGAAAGGAUCAGUAACAGACGUGAAUGCACGGCUGGACACAGAAGGAUUCUACGGGAGAGAUAAUAGGAAAGGACGUCGUGGGAAGGAGCCAUGAAGUUACUGCUGCAGUUGGUGACAUCGAUUCUCCUAACAUCCGUUUGCGUUGCUGGCUGGCCGUAUCGUGAAAUAGUAAACAUUGAGCAAUCGGCAUUGCCGGUAUUCGUUGCACCAGUUUAUGAUGUCGCACCUGCAGUGAGCUCGCCCGACUCCGACGAAGAGUUAGCGACCGUUGUGGCUGGACCAAUCACUGGGACCACUUUCGUCGAAGGUUCCUCUUCCGGGCCUGUAACCGUCCUGUCACCGCUAAAUGCAGCCGAUGUUCUGCGCAAUAAUCCCACUUUGACGAAAAAUGCCACGGAGGUGGUGGUGCCGAACGUGACCGAAGAUUCGGUGUUAAUUAAAGGAGCGUCAUCGGGUCCGGUGACGCUAAUUGCUCCAUCCGCCGCAAUUGCCGAUGAUGCAGCGGAAACAAAGGAAGGAAUUGUUGCAUCGCCAGCAUCUGUCGCAAUCGAAAACACGGCAGAAGGGGCCGCGAAGGCAUCCGCGAUGACAAUUAGCGAAACAAUAGGAGUAGCGUCAGCAAAGGCAGUAAUAGGUCCCUCUACCGGGCCCAUAAUCAUUGCUGGCCCAACCGCCCCACCGGUACCAACCACGGCCGCCGUUCCGACAGUUGCGCCGCUUACAGUAGCCGAUACCGCAGAACCUGUUGGACCAGCUUCUGCUUCGAUCGCCAGCAACUUAGCUGCCACAGAAACUGUGGAGGAACAUAACAACGAAACCACUUCGGUCCCAGAUGCAACAGAGCCGAGUCGAGCAGAGGUUUCGGCGUCCAACUCGGCGACGCGCAGCUCUGGAAAUUCCACAGUUUCCACGUCGGCGAAGGUUAAUUUGAUUACACCUGCAGCUAUAAUCGCAGCAGCCGAGACAGCGACAAGUAGCAUCGUUGUGUCAGCGGUAACGGUCCCCGCCGCGCACGCUUCCGGCCCCUCCGGGACCAUUUCCGAAGCCGCUGCAUCCACGCUGCAUCCGCUGCCCUAACCAUUGCAUAUCUGUUUACUCGCUCGCUGGUUCUCGGGUGCCGCGCGACAGAAAAAUCGCCCGUCGCCGAAUCACGGAGCCGUCUCUUUCGAGGCGAACUCUAUCGGGAAGCUCCCCACGCUGCCAGCCGCAUUUGUUGACAUUGCAUGCGUUGGCGACCGAGCUGAUAUGAAACUAGGAAGGGAAAAGUUGUGCAAGGACGACGAGAACCACGCGUAGUCGUUGGCAUUGAUACCCAGGCGAUACUUUCUUACGGACCGCUGCAUGCAUUAAAUGACGGCGAUCUCGUUGUUGCUCGCUGUUGAUCGAUUGUUUCGUUGCGGCAUCUGGUCUUUUUUGUUCAUUUAAUAAAACGACGAGAAACCGUUGUGGUUACUGCGUAUGGUUUAUCCUCUUAUCGCGGUAUCAAGAUCUUUUAUCGGACAAUUAGAAUACACUCAAGUCUAUUAAUGCGCUAAUCAAUGACUGAUCUAUAUAUAAUGAAAGCUUUCAGACUGCUAUUUGGAACAAUUUAUUGAAUUAUGGAUAACAUUGUUAUCAUUUUUGAACGUUUUUUGAAGAAGUUCGCAACUGUUGAUCUUCGAUUUUAAAAGAAUCUGCACAUAUAAA